UAGUGGCAUGGCUUGCAGGCAGCAAACGCUUCUUGCCAAACUCAUUCCAGCAGUCUGGCUGUCUCUGAUGCUACUUGACCCAAGCACUCAAACUGGAGUUGUGCCCGGGCAUAGAGAGCCCCUUCCCGAUGACAGCAAGGACAACAUCACAAUUUUCACCAGGAUCUUGGACAGGCUGCUGGAUGGCUACGACAACCGACUUCGACCUGGCCUUGGAGAAACAGUCACAGAGGUGGGAACCAACAUUUAUGUCACCAGUUUUGGACCAGUGUCAGAUACAGACAUGGAGUAUACCAUUGAUGUUUUCUUCCGCCAGACCUGGAGAGAUGAUAGACUAAAAUUUGACGGACCCAUGCAGAUUUUGCCUCUGAACAACCUGUUGGCCAGUAAAAUAUGGACACCGGACACAUUCUUCCACAAUGGGAAGAAGUCAGUGGCCCACAAUAUGACAACUCCCAAUAAACUGUUACGGUUGGUGGACAAUGGCACCCUGCUCUACACCAUGAGGUUAACCAUUCAUGCUGAGUGUCCCAUGCACCUGGAAGACUUCCCCAUGGAUGCUCAUGCCUGUCCCCUAAAAUUUGGGAGCUAUGCCUACACCAACGACGAGGUGAUUUACAUCUGGAACCAUGACACGUCGAUCACUGUGGCACCGGAUGGCUCAAGGCUCAAUCAGUAUGACCUGCUAGGACACGUCAUUGGAAAUGAGAUCAUCAGCUCCAGCACAGGAGAGUAUGUUGUCAUGACAGCAUAUUUCCAUUUGAAAAGAAAAAUCGGUUAUUUUGUGAUCCAGACAUACCUCCCAUGCAUCAUGACGGUCAUUCUCUCUCAAGUCUCUUUCUGGCUCAACCGGGAGUCUGUCCCAGCGCGAACUGUUUUUGGUGUGACCACGGUGUUGACCAUGACCACCCUGAGCAUCAGUGCCAGAAACUCACUGCCCAAAGUAGCAUAUGCCACGGCCAUGGACUGGUUCAUGGCAGUCUGUUAUGCUUUUGUCUUCUCCGCACUCAUCGAGUUUGCCACCGUGAAUUACUUCACCAAGCGCAGCUGGGCAUGGGAUGGCAAGAAAGAGGCCCAAGAGAUGAGAAGAAGAGAGUCAGCCUCCCUCGCCAAGAAGACAAACAACACGUUCAACAUCGUGGGCACCACCUACACAAUGAACGUGUCCAAGGACCCUGGGCUGACCACCAUAGCCAAGAGCGCAGUGCAGACGCCCCCUGGGCCUACAGUGGCGCCCUUGCGGCUACCCAGGAUGGAUGGCGAAUAUGUCCCAGAGGGAGGCAUUAAAUCCUACAACCAAGUCAGCAAAGUUGACAAAAUUUCCAGAAUAAUCUUCCCGAUCCUUUUUUUUGUUUUCAACCUGGCGUACUGGGCCACUUAUGUCAACAGGAAGCCCAUAAUAAUAAACACCAACCCCCAGAAAUGA